AUGCUGGUGUCAAUCAUAACCUUGGUGCUUACCGGUCAGCCCCUUACACCGGUCAAUGUAUUCAUGCUUCUCUCUUUUAUAAAUGCAGCAAGACUGAGUGUCUGCUUUUACAUACCUUAUGGUCUCUUAGCAGUAUACGAGGCUUAUUUUUCACUCAAGAGAAUCGAGGAGUUUCUUCUUCUAGAAGAUCUACCCGGUUCGUGUCAUGAUCACUCGAUAGAAGGCACUUUAAACAUGAGCGGGAGCACAUUUUAUUUUGAUGAUAAAAAACAUCUCCCAGAGCCAGGUACCCUAGUAGUGUUCACUUUGCAAGAUAAAGAGUUUUCAACCGAGCCACAAACUUUAACAGUCAUCACAGGUCCAGUGGGUAGUGGAAAGUCUACUCUUCUCUCAGCUAUUGCAGGCGAGGUGCCAGUCGCAGCGGGAACAAUAUCCUGGCCAACUUCCCUUGUUUAUGUGCCCCAGACACCCUGGGUCUUCUCUGGAACAAUAAGAGAAAACAUUUUAUUUGGUCAACCUUACAACCAAAACAAGUACUCCAGAAUACUGGAAGCAUGCUCUCUUGCAGAAGAUGUCGGGAGGUUUCCUAACGCUGACUUAGCAGUUGUAGGUGAACGAGGUGCCGUUCUGAGUGGAGAUCAGCGUGCAAGAGUAAGUUUAGCACGUGCAGUAUACAUGGAUGCAGACCUGUACCUGUUGGAUGACCCUCUGAGUGCCGUAGACAUAAAAGUAAGUCAACAUAUCUUUGAAAAGUGCAUUAAAGGUUUACUUAGUAAAAAAACCCGAGUGUUGACGUCUCACCAGGAACAACACAUGAAACAAGCUGAUAAAAUUAUCGUAUUGAACAAAGGACGUGUGCUGGCAAAUGGAGGUUUUUCUGAGCUUCAGGAAAAAGGUUUAUUCAAUAUAAAUCCUUAUCCGAGUUCGAACAAACCCGUCAGGAACAGCGAGUCCGAGGUGAAAUCUGUUUUUGAAAAUGAAGACAAAUCAAAAUUUAAAGAUAGAGCAGUGAUUCUACAUAAUCAAGUCAAUGACCUGGAUCAAUCAGAAGAAGACCGCACGAUCGGAAGCGUGACACUUAUGACUUAUUGGGACUACUUCAGAGGUGGAUUGCACUCGUCGGCGAUAUUUGGACUUUUCUGUUUGUUUUUCAUCACUCAAGGUGAGUUCGAAAAUUGAGGUUAUGCAAUUCUCAAAUUCCUCCUUUAGAAGAAGGAUAGCCUUUAUACCUAGCAAGCACUGAUUUUCCAUCUGUACAUUUUUGUGUCAUCGUGGUAAAGUUAAUGAUUUACAAGUUGUCUGUUUUCUAUUCUUGCUGUGGUGCGAUUAAAUCAUGAUAUUCCUAGUGAGGUUGGAAACGGGAUUCUUAUGCAUGUAAUCAUCUACGGAGUUUAUUAUCACAUCAAAGAAAUAUGAUGAGGGCUAUGAUCAUUUUUACACUUUUAAUCUAAUCAGAGGUAACAAGGUCUAACAAUGCAUUGCUUCGGGCCAAACAUGUGAAGCAGUAGGAGUAGGCCUGCUGAAAUCCCACCGUAAAAUAUUCUCUUGCCUUGCACCACUCACCCACAUUACGCAACCAUUAUUUGUAAGAGGGAACGUACCUACGAGAGUGAGAAUAAUACCCCUAGCUUCCACAAUCUCUUCUGGAUGCAUAUUUAUUUACCUUAAUUUUGUUUGCUUGUUUUUCGUAGUAAUGAUCGUUUCUCCUGACGUUUGGCUCUUAUUCUUAACAAAGAAGAGCCAAGAAGAACAGAAGGACACAAUGAACCUAGUUUUCUAUGGUUGUCUUGUGCUUGGAUCUCUCGUUUCCUCUUCUAUCCGCGCAUAUACAUUUCUUUGGACCUCUUUAAGAUGUUCUGAAUGCCUUCAUGAUAAAAUGGUUGUAGCUCUCCUAGAAGCACCUGUUUUGUUUUUUGACUCAAACCCUGUUGGAAGAAUUCUUAAUCGGUUCUCUAAAGACGUGGGGUGCCUGGACGAACUGUUGCCAAAAAAUUUUCUUCUAUCUAUUCAGUUGGUCUUGCUAAUGCUUGCCGCAACUCUUGUGCCAACUUUCACCAACUUUUGGGUUCUUUUUGUUGUUGUGCCACUGGCUGUUGUUGUUGCUUACAUCUCCAUGUACAGCUUAAAAACCUCUUGGCAGCUCAAAAGGUUAGAAUCGAUAAACCGUAGCCCUGUGUAUUCACACGUUUCGGAGACUCUCAAUGGGCUGGAGACUAUAAGAACAAGAAGGAGGCAACAAGACUUCAUGGAAGAGCUCUACAGGUACGUUCAAUGUUGAAUUAAUUGUAAUCAUUGAGAUAAGUGUAAUAGCUUUAGACUCAGCAAGCCUCUUUGACAACUAAAUGUGCUUCUUAAAAUAUGUGAAGUAGGUGACUUAAGACGGACAGGUAACUACGGUAAGCUGAUGGGAGGGCUCGUCGUGGCGAGCCAAGCCAUACAUAAAAAAAAAACAUAGUCGUAUAUAACUAGUAGUCUUAGCAGAAUUUUUUUUUUCCGGAGUAAAAGAGAUAAUGAUGAGAUGUCCCCGAGAUUGCACUUUGGAAGGUAAUUUUUUUUAAGAACUGUAACACAUCAGACUUGAAAGAGUAAAUUGUAAGAAAACCAAAUAUAAGGUAAACAAAACAAAUACAGAAAAAUGAAGAAGGUUUGAGGUGUUCUAAUGAUAACUGGGCAAAGAACUCCUUUGGAAUCAGGCUGCCUGAAAUAUUUCAUCUUAAAGUAUCACUUAAGAUCAUUUAAAUAGGCAAUUUUUCUUCUCUCCAUUCAGAUAUCAAGAUAUUCAUACCCUGUCGUUCAUCAUGGUGCUGGCGAGUGUGAGAUGGCUUGGAGUACGAAUGACCUCUGUGAUCUCUUUUUUGAUUUUUGCGGUGGCUCUAACCGCAAUCCUUGUGUCUCAAGAUGCUGGUAUGUAUCUGUUAGCUGUAACGGAGGCUGUACUCCAAAAUUAAAAGCAUUUCUCUCCUGAAUCAAAUUCACCGUGUUUCGGUGUUUUAUGCUUAACUGAACAGCUCAAAAAUAAUCUUUACAUGUACUUACAAUAUUAUCACAGACGCCACCAUGUUAAAAACAACACAACAAUAACAACAGUUUUGUAACCAUGCCCAUUGGCUCUGACGCACGACGCUUAGUUAAAAUGGCAAGAACCAAUAGACCCAAACUGCUGGUGUAUAACUUUGUCGGCGCUCGAAUUGGAAUUAAUAAGAUUUCGGUGCAGCAAUGUUGUGAGUUGGUGGCUGUUGCACCAGAGGCAAGCGACCUAGGUGCUAAGCAAUGUUAGAAGCAGCUGAACAGUGUAAGCAGUACAUGUAUUAGAAUUUUUAGAAUAAUGAGGACAGAUUUAUACAGUUUACUUAACCCUUUGUAACCUCACAACGUAGCCAUUAUAAAAAUGGUGCAAAGACUAUGAUGAAAUAGUCUAUAGAGCUCACUCGCCCCAUUAGUUUUCUUACUUGUAUCUGCGUAUAACUGACGUAAAUUAAACUUUCUAAUUGAAUAAGUUUUCGUUUGGAAAGUCUGCUCCAUUUGAACCAGAAUCCUUCAUUUUUUUUAUCAAAGUAAACUGGACACUAACAUCAUUUCCAUGUUCUUUAUAUGUAAUUUGUAUGUGCUGCUUCUUGUCGUUUCCCUCUUUUCACACGGUAUAUGGAAUUUACCAUUGAUUUUGUCACUGAAAGGGUUUUCCUCCUUAACCAUAAAAUUUCUCUUUAAUUCCACUUACUUGUUAAGAGCUUCCUCUCCUACGAUUAAGAAGCAUUUAUGCCCAUUGUUCAAAUAGAUUUCGAAAUUACUUGCCUAACUCUUCCCUGAAUUAUAAUCCACUUGCAUUAAUUAUCAUAUCCUAUUUAUUAACAUACUUACUCAAAACCCUUAUUGACCAGGUAGAAAAAACCUUCAAGCUGAUUUGAUCAAAAAUUCUCUCUCUCACACAUCGAAUAAAAGAUAAUUUGAUACUGAGAGACUGUAAAGGUUACAUCGAAAAAUUUUCUUUCUUUGUUUUCUCCUUUCGUCUUUCUUUUUUCUUUACGUGUUGUUUCUACCACAAUAUAUAGCGGUCAAUCCUAAUAAGACUAUUGAUCUGGAAGGCUAUCCUUUGAUCAAUGUAUUUUAUCAACAGCUUUCGCCGGACUGGGGCUUGUUUACGUCAUCGAGACUGUUGAACUGAUGGAUUUUGCUGUUACAAGUAUAUCGGAAGUAGAAAAUCUCAUGACGUCUGCUGAACGAGUUAUAACAUACACCAAACUUGACCAUGAGCCCGGGUACCAAGUGAAGCAGCCUCCCCCGAACAAUUGGCCUCUUGAAGGGAAUAUCACUUUUGAAGACGUGUCGCUGACUUAUUUUCCUAGGGGGCCUCAAGUACUGAAGAACUUUAAUCUUCAUGUAGAAGGAGGAACAAGUAUCGCUGUUGUGGGACGAACGGGGGCCGGCAAGUCAUCUCUAGUGGCAGCUCUUCUGCGUAUGCCAGAUGCCCAAGGUGCCAUAUAG